AUACAAGGUCAGUCCAAACAUUGUUAGUUUAAGACAUAUUUUUCCUAAAAAUGUCAGGUGAGGAGGGAUGGACUUCCACGGGCGAAGAAGAGGAAUCCAUGUACGAUCGGAAAAACGGCUACGAUUCCAAGACUGGAAUCUAUCACUCAGUCCUCCAACUUAGUGAACAACACAAAAUGCCUAGUGAUAAUCUUGAUCUUGACACAGCCAAAUUUGUGUUGUCACAAUUUCCAUCCCCUGCUCAAGCUGAGUCACAAAUAGCACUAAUUGACUCUGCAAAUAACCAGAAAUUAACCUAUGCUCAACUCCGUCGCGCUAUCGCCUCACUUGCCACAGGAUUAUACCAUGCACUAGGUGUUAGAAAAGGUGAUGUUGUGUUUGUUUUGUCACCAAAUUCACUUUUGUAUCCGACUAUAUGUCUAGCUGUUCUUUCAGUUGGUGCUAUAUUAUCCCCUGCCAAUCCUCUUAACACUGAAUCAGAAAUUUAUAAACAAGUACGUUUAUCGCGUGCAAAACUAGCCAUUUCUGCACCAGAAGAAGUACAUAAAUUAGUCCGCACUGGUGUGCCAACUCUUCUCACAACUCGAUCCAAGAACGACGAAAAUUCAGUUUCAGUAGAGGAUUUGAUUGAGAACUGUGACCCUUUAGAAAUGCCAAAGGAUAGACCAAUGCUUUCGGAUACAGCAGCAAUACUAUACUCUUCAGGAACCACUGGAGUUAGCAAAGGUGUAGUUUUGACUCAUGCUAAUUUUGUAGCAAUUAUGAAACUUCUUAAGUUCUACGUCGAUGUAACAUCGUCUCAGGACGAUGUUUUCCUCUGUUUCAUACCGAUGUUUCAUGUAUACGGUCUAGUCUUUUUCGGUCUGGGAUUAUUUUGUUCAGGUGUUACAACUGUGUUGAUGCAAAAAUUUGAUUUCCAAGCAAUGUUGGAAGCAGUUCAGACACACAAAGUCAGUAACAUUCCAGCAGUUGCACCAGUGAUUCUCGGGCUAGUUAAGUAUAAUAAAGAUAGUUAUGACUUAUCAUCGUUGCGGAAGGUUUCCUCAGGAGCUGCACCACUGAGCAAAGAGGUAGCUUAUGCAUUCCGGGAGAAGUUCCCUUGGGUGGAGCUCAAACAAGGCUAUGGCCUAACUGAGACAACUGGUGCUGCUACAUUUUUUGUUACCAAUGAGGAGGCAAAGGCGCGUCCAUGCUCAGUAGGGAUGUUGUUCCCGAGCUUCUCCGCUAAGGUGGUUAAUCACGAUACAGGGGAAGCAUUGCCACCAUUUAAGGAAGGUGAAUUGUGGUUAAAAGGUCCAGGGGUGAUGAAAGAGUAUUUCGGAAAUGAGGAAUCAACUGCUGCUACAAUCACUGCUGAUGGCUGGCUCCGAACUGGUGAUCUUUGUUACUUUGACCACGAGGGGUAUUUGUACAUCGUUGAUCGAAUAAAGGAACUCAUCAAGCAUAAUGGUUAUCAGGCAGCUCCAGCAGAACUUGAAGCAAUACUAUUGAGUCACCAUCAGAUACUUGAUGCAGCAGUUGUCCCACUAGAAGACGAGGAAGCAGGACAAAUACCAGCGGCAUAUGUUGUAAAAGCAGCUGGUUCUGAGCUCACAGAAGACCAGGUCAUUCAAUUUGUUUCUAGCCAAGUAGCCCCAUACAAGAAAGUCAGAAGAGUUAAUUUUAUCAGUGGUAUACCAAGAUCAGCUGCAGGGAAAAUAUUGCGAAAGGAGUUAGUGCAAAACAAAUUGCCAAUUCUGUCCAAAUUAUAAAUUUGUCCUUAGGAACCAAUAGUUAGCAGCAACAAAAGAAAAUGGAUACAUCGACAGUGUAAAAGAUUGAGAUUUACCUAUCAGUUUAAUUUUAUAUGUUAAAAAGGACAGUCCGGUGCACAAGGUAUUCCGCGUUUACGUAGUGUCCGGAGAAGGGUCAUAUCCUAAGGGGCAUGAUGUAAACAAUCUAAUCGUUAU